CCCAAUCGUAAAAUCCCAAGCAACAUCCGUUCCCUGGCUACCCCCAGUUGCAGAUCAGCGGCGGCGGCGGCGGCGGCGAGGUUGCAGAAGAAGAGAAGACCCAGCGAGCGCGCGCGUGGCGCGGGAGGAGGAACAAAAGUCCGUCCUCCCCCCUCGUCUGGGAAGAGAGAUGCCGCUCUACGACUGCUUGCUGCUGGCGAAGCCGGCGGUGACCAGGGAAUCCCUGGCGGAGCUGGUGGCGCGGGUGGCGCGGCGCGCCUACCAGCGCAACGGGGUCGUCACGGAUCUCAAGUCCUUGGGCAAAGUGCAACUCGGCUACGGCAUCAAGAAGCUCGACGGCCGCCACUUCCAGGGUCAGCUUAUGCAAAUGACCAUGAUGGUGCCACCCUCCUUCACGCAAGAACUCCACUAUCUGAACAAGGAGGAUAGGCUGCUUCGAUGGCUGGUGGUGAAGCAUAGAGAUGCGGUAUACGGUCUGGAGUUCAUCAACGAGGAUGAUGGGAGGAAUGAAAUGAGCAGUUUCAACCUUUCUCAUAUGAGACACGGCGACGAUAUUGAAAUCGAUGACGACGACGAGGACGACGACGACGAUGAUUACGAGUAUGAGGUUGAGGAGGAGGAGAAGUAGUAGAAAUGCUUGGCAAUGUUUCUGCAUUUUCAGUGUGUUGGCAGAUAUGCUUUCUUACAAACCAUAUGUUGUGUUUCGGGUAUCGUUGACUAUGGAGUAGGAUCAGAAGCAGAACCUAGAUGCAUUUUGAUGUUUCAGGUGUGCCACCUUACUGAGAAGCAUGUUGUAUGACGUUGUAGGGUAGGCAUAAAUAAGCAACAAAUUUGUAGCUCUACAAUUGGGACUAGGUUCUCUCUUUUCUCUCUUUCUUACUGUUGAGUUUAAUCAUGUGACAGAA